AUGGCUAUACACAACUUUAUCCGAAGGAAGGCAGAAAAUGAUAUGGAUUUUAAUGUUUAUGAAGAUGAGAGCACAGUCAUUCAUCAUGAUGAUAGCUCAUCUAACUUGGAUCAAUCACAAGUUUUAAAUGUAGUUUCGUCGUCAGAGAUGGAUCGCGAGGAAAUGGAUUUGAAUAGCUUGGUGAGUAAUGAUCGUGUGGAUAGGCAUGGUAGGAUUGCUGAUAAACGAACAACUGGAGGAUGGAAGGCAGCUCCCUAUAUCAUAUUGAACGAGGUUGUAGAGAGGUUUGCGUUCUUGGGACUUACUGUGAACUUGACCAAUUACUUGAUAAGUCAAAUGAAUGAAACAAUUCCAGAUGCUGCUACUCAUGUCACAGACUGGACUGGAGCUGCUUAUGUCCUCACUAUCUUUGGAGCGUUUAUUGCAGAUGCUUACCUUGGUCGAUUUAGAACCAUCAUUGUUUUCUCUACCAUCUAUGCUGUGGGAAUGAUUAUGCUAACAAUUUCGGCCUCCUUUUCCACAUUGCACCCGCCAAAAUGUGCUGUGAAAGUGACACCGUGCAAAGAAGCAAGCCAAGGCCAAAACUUAUUCUUGUAUAGUGCACUUGGCCUCAUUGCCUUGGGUACUGGAGGAAUCAAACCUUGUGUUUCCUCAUUUGGAGCUGAUCAAUUUGACGAGGGAGAUGAAAAAGAAGUCCAAAUGAAAUUCUCUUUCUUUAAUUGGUUUUACUUUGCCAUCAACAUGGGUGCCCUUCUUGGAAUUACACUAUUGGUUUAUUUACAAAACCAAGUAGGGUGGAGUUGGGGUUUUGCAUUACCCACAAUAACUACGAUUAUAUCUAUCGUUAUCUUGGCCGUUGGUAUUCCGUAUUAUCGUUUUCAAAAACCAAUGGGAAGCCCAUUCACUAGGUUUCUUCAGGUUAUUGUAGCUUCUAUAAAGAAACAUCGAGGAGGAGUCUCAGUAGAAAAUGAAACUCCUCUCUAUGAGGUUGAAACCACAUACUCUGAUAUUAUUGGUGCUCGCAAGCUUCCCCACACUCUCCAAUACAGGUUUUUUGACAAAGCAGCAGUUAUAACAGAAAAAGACACAGUUAGCAACAGAUGGAGUGUAUGCACAGUGACACAAGUCGAAGAAUUCAAAUCAUUCAUUAAAAUCCUUCCAGUGUGGGCAUCUACCAUUGCUAUUUCUAUCUCUUUGGCUCAAAUGUCAACCUGGUUUCUAAGUCAAGCCAAAAUCAUGAACAAAAAGCUAGGUAAAUUCGAAAUCCCAAAUGGAUCUGUUACCGUGUUUGCUGCCAGCAGCAGUCUCAUACUUAUACCCUUAUAUGAGAGAUUUAUAAUCCCAAUUCUCCGAAAAUUUACCGGCCACAGCCGCGGCAUCACAUCCUUACAACGAAUGGGAGUUGGACUUUUUGUCUCAAUCAUCGCUAUGGCUUCAGCAGCAUUGGUUGAAAAGACGAGACGGGAACACUACCCAGGAGAGAACAGCAUGAGUGUGUUUUGGUUGUUACCUCAAUUCUUUCUAAUGGGUAGUGCUGAAGUUUUUACCUAUGUGGGACAGUUGGAGUUUUUCUAUGAUGAGGCGACGGACGGGACAAAAAGUAUUAGUAGUGCAGUGUUUUUGUCUGAGGUUGGAAUCGGAAGUUGGUUGAGUAGUGCUUUGGUGAAGACUGUUACCGCUACGACCGGAGGACAAGAUAAAGGGUGGUUAAGAAGGAAGGAUCUUAAUGAAAGCAGGUUGGAUUGGUUCUUCUGGAUAUUGACAGUUCUCAAUGCUGUCAAUUUCUUGGUUUAUUUGGUGGUGGCUAUUUGUUACAAGGGGAAAGAAUCGAUUGUGAGAGAUAAGAACAUGGUUGAAUUAAGUAACGUCCAGUGCACAUAACCAUAAGGAGUAUUCAUAUUUUAAGAGAAGUAAUAGCAGUAUAUUCCUCUGUUUGUAAUCUGUUAUGCAAAACUAAA